UUCCUACACGGUUUAAGCGAAAAUCUGAAAAAUCAAAACUCUUUAGAUUUAGUCGACACUUCCCAAACCACCACCAUGGCCACCGCCUCAACCUUCUCCACCGUCAACAAAGAUAUGACAUCUCUGCUUAAUUCCUCUUCUCUGAUCACCGGAAAACCAUCUCCGUUAAAGUCCAGCUCCGUUAGAUACUCGGUUUCAUUUCCUCGCAAAACCCUAACUCCAAUCCGAUACUCUUCCUCUCCCGCCGACAACUCUCCCUCCGUCGCCGUUUCUUCUCCUUCCGUGGAAGGGAUCUCGAAUCGAUCCAAAACCUCCUUGAAAUCCCGUCUCCGCGGCGGCGAAACUCUCUACGGCCUGUUUUUACUCUCCUUCUCGCCGACUCUAGCUGAGAUCGCUGCUCACUCCGGGUACGAUUACGUCGUCGUUGACAUGGAACACGGUUACGGCGGCAUACCGGAGGCUCUAGAUUGCAUCCGAGCUCUAAACGCCGCCGGCACAGCCGCUGUUCUCCGGUUACCGGAAAACUGCCCUACAUGGGCUAAAAAAGCCCUAGAUCUAGGCCCACAGGGACUCAUGUUCCCGAUGAUCGAGUCUCGCAAGGACGCGACCAAAGCGGUGUCGUAUUGCCGGUUUCCUCCCGAAGGGAUCCGUGGAUCGGCGCACACGGUGGUGCGAGCAUCCAAGUACGGGAUCGACGAAGGGUAUUUAAGUAAUUACGCGGACGAGAUGCUGAUCAUGUGCCAGGUGGAGUCAGCGGAAGGAGUGAAGAAAGCCGAUGAGAUCGCAGCCGUCGAUGGUGUUGACUGCGUGCAGAUGGGACCGUUGGAUCUGAGCGCGAGUUUGGGAUACUUGUGGGACCCAGGACACAAGAAAGUGAGGGAGAUGAUGAGGAAAGCGGAGAAAUCUGUGCUGACGUCAGAUCCGGCGAAAGGUGGGGCCUACUUGUCGGGAUUCGCGAUGCCACACGACGGACCCGCCGCCAUCCGUGAGCGUGGUUACCACAUGGUCGCCGGAGCCGUCGAUGUUGGGCUGUUCAGAAACGCAGCUGUGGAAGACGUGAGGAGGUUCAAGAUGGGUUUGGUCAAUGAAUCCGACGGUGAGGAUUCGUUGGAACACGAAAAGGAUGUUGACGAUGAGAAGUACUGGAGCGAAUAAAGCAAUCCCAAACAAUUUUCAUGAAAGAAAAUAAUAAUGAUGAUUUUCCUUUUUUAUCCAUGUUCAUUAAUGUUGUUUGGUCAGUUUUGUUAAAAAGCUUCUUCCUU